AUGCCUCAUUCAGGGCCCCCCUUAGGGUUCCAGGCCCUUAUCCUUUGCGGCCCUGGCGUCUCUCUAAACACGUUUACAUCCAUUCCAGAAGAGUUCCCCAAAGCCCUAGUACCUAUUGCAAAUCGCCCUAUGGUCUGGUACCCUCUGGAUUGGUGUUAUCGCAUGGGAAUUACAAACAUCACACUCAUCACACCUCCAGCCAGCAAGGCAGCAUUGGAGGCAUCCUUAUCGCAAAAUCCGCAUCUAACAUCUCUGCCACCCCCGUCGGCCACAGUCAUAUCCCCGGAAAGCCUAACUCUCACCACAGGCACAGCAGAGCUUUUGCGGUUACCGGAAGUUCAAGCAUGCAUAAAAUCAGAUUUCAUAGUACUUCCCUGUGAUCUGGUCUGUGAUGUCCCAGGAGUGACAUUUCUAGAAGCCUGGAUGACAACGCAUGGCGCGCUCGAUGCUUCGUGGGAUGGAGACUGGCUCGAAUCAAGAACUUCCAGCUUGAUAGGUGUAGGCGGCGAGAGGUGCGGACGAAGAGGUGGAAUAAGCGUGUGGUAUCCUACAGGCCCGGAUGGCACAAAGGUGAAGACUGAGGUCGCUGACUUCCUUGCGAUCACGCCCUUAAAUAAGGAUGAGGCACCUGCAGUACGUCCUGGUAAUAACGAUGGUCCGUCCUCCUUGGCAAAACUGGUUUAUACCAUGCCGAUGGACAGUUUGAAGGAUAUCAUGGAAGAACACCAGGCACUAUUGAUGCGGCACUCACUAUUAAAACGUCACGGCAAAAUUAAAAUGCUAACAACAUAUCGUGAUGCCCACAUCUAUAUAUUCCCUUACUGGGUGAAGGAAAUGGCCAUGAUGAACGAGAAAUUCGAAAGCAUCAGCGAAGACUUGGUAGGAUGGUGGGCAAAAGCCGAAUGGCAAAGUGGUCUUGGAGAGAAGCUGGGCCUUCGGGAGAUCUUCGACCCCGACAGGGAUCACGGAAACAAAUACAGCAUCAAGCGUGACCAGGUGGAAGAAGACAUUGACUUGAUGUCUAUGAGCACCACAAAGUCUACGAGAUGGCUGGAUAUCAACCCCAAUGGUACCGUGUCCAAAUCCAGACCUGGUCCCCUAACGCGCAGCGACACCCUCCAAGAAACCGAAGUAUCACCUCCACCCGAGAAGCUCGUCGUCCCUCCUGUGCUGGCAUACAUCCACUCCUCAAAACCUUCGGAAUCAUUCGUCCGACGUGUCGACAAUUCCUCCUUGCUCCUUUCCACCUCUCUUCGUCUCGCCAAACUAGAAGCCAUUAGCGACGCCACCGAGUCCUUUUCGCCAUUUGCUCAUCAAAACAAAAUCGCCCACCCAGCCGGCAUCGCCCAACGCUGCACCGUCACCAAAGCAGACUGUCUUAUCGCCGAAAACGUCACCGUCGAAGAGAAGACGGUCAUCAAAGAGUCCGUUGUCGGCGCAAACUGCCAUAUCGCCAGUGGUGUCCGACUUACACGCUGCCUGCUCAUGGAUGGCGUUGUCAUCGGCGAGCGAAGCCAGCUUUCCGACUGCAUCAUCGGGCGGAGGGGUAAAAUCGGGCGUGAGUGCGUGUUGAAGGACUGUGAAGUGCAGAACGGGAACGUGGUUCCUGACGAAACAGAUGCAAAGAACGAACAGUUCAUGAUUUUCGAGGGCUUGGACGAGGACAUGGCGGAAAUUAGUGAUGGUGAGGAGGAAGAGGGGUUUGAUAUGCGUGAUGACUUUGAAGCUUAA